AUGAGUGAGCAAUAUCAUGAAUUCCUACCUAGACCAUCACAUUCAAUCACUAUGGUUUAUCUACUAUAUUCCACCAUCCGUACCCUCGAUUUAGCUCAUACCAGUCCAUUAAAUCAAUCAUGGUCAAUAAUUCCUUCUGUUUUCAAAGACUCUCCACCCACCGUCUGA